GGUUGGAAAGGAAAGGAAACAACCAAUUCCAUCCAGUCGCAUUUCUUGUGUUCCCCUGGGCUAUAAAAAAUAAUUCGUUUCAGGUUGGGUUAGAUCGUGUCAGUGUAAUGCCGAAGUUUCUCAACGAUAGCCCUCCACCACCCAAAAGAGCCAAUCCAAUCUAGUUAUCGCAUGGGCAAAUAUGCAGAUUUAUUUUGCAUUUUAGCAAACCGGACGAAUGUUGUAAGUUGAGCAGUUUUCAAGUCAACAUUUUGCUGUUCUACGUGUGGCGACCGCCAAUCCAAGUGAUAUCCAGGCUCAAAUCCGCUUAGCUUGCGAGAUCUGGCGAGAUCGGCCGUGUCGCGGGCGAGCUGGCCCAUAGAUACUGCGCUUGGCUGUGUAAUUGGUUGUCCUCCCCGCCCCCGUGAGUGCAGGUGGCGUUGGGCACUGUGCGAAGUCGUCAGCCUGCGAUAGGGACGAGCAAUGGGCACGCAGUGGGCGCAGAUCGCCCUGCUCCUCCAGCUGAGCAGCGUGGCGCUUGCAGUUCCAUCAACGAGAACCAUCCAGUUCUCUGGGUACGAAGGCAACGUGUCUUCCCGAGACCAUGUCCCAAACGACACAGAUGUGGAUUUCACCUUCCUCAUUGUGGCCGUCUCCCGAAAGGUCAUCAAAAUCAAGUUUGAAUGGCUCAGCCUGCGGGAAGACGUGGUGUGCGCAAACGAGAGCCUCUCCGUUCUGGACGGAGCAGCGAGGGCCAACGCCCUGGUCGUGCUCUGUGGGACCUCCAUGCCCUCCGUCUCUUUCAAGUCCACGCAGAGCAACCUGACGCUGGUGCUGAGGUCCACAGGGCCCCUUGUGGAAAGGGGCUUCAGGCUCAAGUACAGCUCUGUCACAGCUACGCCAUCAUCUGCAGCCUGCGGAAAGACAUCAGACUGGAGGAACUUCCCUUGGGAUGUGCAGCUGUUCUUCAACAGUCGCUUUGCGGCCAACGGCACGAUUAUUGGCAGGAGGUGGAUCCUAACGACCGCUAAGCAAAUCGUCACUGCCCAAGACGUCCCGAAAUGGACCAUCAGGUACAGCGAUGGCGUGUUCCACAGCGUGGGAAUCAUUUCAGUACACAGCCGAUUCAACGCAAGCACGCACGACUACAACGUCGCCGUGGUGGAGCUGAGCAAAGCAGUGCCGUUCUCGGACGCAGUGAGUGCGGUGUGCCUGCCUCACGCCACGCGGCAUUCCCCUGCUGCAGGGAAAGUCUGCUACCUCGGCAAUGGGUACGGACUUCCCUUGGGAAUACUCAGCCAGAGUGACUGCGCGUCUGCGCAGUUCUACGGCAGCGCCUUAUCCAGCCGCAUGCUCUGCGCACAGAACAUUGAGCACAGUGGGUGCUGGGCAAACACGGCCCAGUCGCUGGUGUGCAGAGAGGAGGACGACAGGUGGUAUGUUACUGGCUUGGCCAGCUGGGGCAACCAAUGCAACUACCUACCAGCACGUGCAUAUCCCGGCGUCUUCACCAGGGUCUACAAGUUCCUCGGUUUCAUCGAGGGCAUCGCAAACUGACGCGGAACCAUCGCUCUCAAACGGCUCGGCACACUCCUCCACCGGAGCAGCGCUGCUCCACAGUGUAUGUCAUCUCUGUGCUAUCGGAACUGGACACGGUUCGCUCAGCAGUCGCCGAAGUACAUCGAGGAGGUAUAUCGAGUUGGGUUUCGUUCACCGCAUUGCCACAUUGUGCACGAGUCGAAUUCGAGGCGAACUGUAGGAUACAUUGUUCGUAGAAACUAAUUUUAAGUAAAGUUGUAGAGGAAUGUCAUGUUAUGUACAGUACAUUUAGUACGAGUGUAGUUUGGACACAGUUUAGGCUUUCCACGUUGUGUUAAGGUUGAAACUUGGCUGUAUCAUUACAAGUGUAAUAAACGACUUCCACGACGACUCUGAACUGGUGUCUUUCAUUUAACAGAAUGUCUGCAUAGCUCCGUGCUCUCUCUCUCUGGGUAGUGUGCUUCCGGUGUUCAGAGGCCUGCUUAAGGCACGGCUCCGGCUGGAGCACGCGUACCACACACACGUCGAUGAUGUGCAUGUAUUCUUCGAACGCUGGGGAGCCGGAAAGGCCCUUUGCACCAGCGUGGACGGCACCCUCAUGUUUACUUUCUGAAAUGCUCGCUCGUCACCGUGACGUGCGCGAUGACACCACA